CAGAGUCCUGAGGCACUGAGGGUCUGGCCUUCUAUGGCAAUAGCAGAAAUGGAAAGAAAAGUUGAAGAAGGCUUAAAAGGUUUCUAUGCUGAAUGACCUGAAAAUAAAGCAAAUGGGAGGUGGGGGGCAGCCUGGCAGCCUUUUUGAGGCAGGAACGUGGAGGAGGAUUUGGAUUUGGGACUUGUUCAGUUAAUUCUCUUACAUAGCAGUGGUUCAGAUGCGUUUCUGUUUCUUUUGUUUAUUUUUGAAGGGAGAGAGCAGUACUAGCUCAUGGUUCAUAUCCAAAGGUUCUGGGGUGCUAUGAGAUAAACUUUUAAUGGAGAACACUCAGGAGCUCAGGGAAUUACCACCAUUCUGACGUUUCUUUCUGGUUAUUUUUAAGGUUCUAGCCAUCACUGCUAAGACCCAAGUUUCCAGGAACUAGCUGCUGGCUGGAGCCAAUUGGUCCCUCCCAACCUCCCACUCCCUCCAGGGUGGGGCCCCAUGGGUGGAGGCCCCUUGGGGUGGAGUGGGGUGGGUCUCCAGUGAUAGGGCACCAGCAGAGAGAGGCAGCCUGGCCUCACACAGCCCUUCUGGAUUUGAUUAUAUAACACUCCACAGAAGAGAGCUGCAAGGGCUUGGGCAGGCCUUAUAAGACAUGUACACAGCAGGAUUGUGCAUCAUGAGAAUUUUUCUAUUGAUCUUGGGUUGCUUGCCCUUAAAGCUAAAAUGCAAAUUUGCCAGCCUAAAGAAGGAAAAUAAGUGUGUAACCUUAGUAGGGAAAAUGAUUAGGGUUUGCUAAAAUUUCUUUAAGAAAGGUGUGGAAUGCUACUAACCAGGUGGCUGUGAACUUGAGAGUUUACCCACAGGGUAUGGGUUGGGUUUCCCCACCCCCACCCCCACCCCUGCUUUACUGAGCCUCCUUCUGCCCAAGUGUAGGGAUUUUGCUUGGUUGUUACCUUUGCACCUGUCCUUAUUUACAUGCAAAAUCAAUUGCUUCACUCUUGGUCUUUCCGAAGUACAGGGUGUGGGCAGAAUCUUAUCUGAAGCUGUGUCCUGUUUGGACAAGUUGGACUUGCCUUGGCAACUCUCCAUAGGGUGGAGCAGAUGGGUGGAGGCAGGAAAGUAAAAUUGGGUGGCUUGUUAGCUGAGAGAGGAGAGAGGGCGGAUUGUUUGCUCACUGGAUCAUUAUAUUUAAUCUGAAACUAAAUAAUUAACUUCUUUCCCAUUUACAAAACAUUUUGAUGCAAAAUAACUAAUUUAUGAGGGGCAAGAAUUCUGUGGGGGUUUUUUUUGUUUGUUUUUUGUUUGUUUGUUUUUUCUUUCUUUCUUUCCUUCAAACCAACUAGAGAAGACUGAGGUAGGUGAAAAACAUCAAGUGAUAUGAAAACGGGACACGUUUCCAGGCCAAACACCAGAACACCCUAGAAAGCUUAACUAAAAGAAUGCUCAUGUUUGACCCAGUUCCUGUCAAGCAGGAGGCCAUGGACCCUGUCUCAGUGUCAUACCCAUCUAAUUACAUGGAGUCCAUAAAGCCCAACAAGUAUGGAGUCAUCUACUCCACACCAUUAUCUGAUAAGUUCUUCCAGACCCCAGAAGUCCUGUCUCAUGGGAUGCAGAUGGAGCCGGUGGACCUCACCGUGAACAAGAGGAGUUCACCGCCCUCGGCUGGGAACUCUCCUUCCUCACUCAAGUUCCAGUCCUCACACCGGAGAGCCUCGCCGGGGUUGAGCAUGCCAUCUUCCUGCCCGCCGAUGAAAAAGUACUCACCCCCUCCUCCGGGCGUGCAGCCCUUCAGUGUACCGCUGUCCAUGCCACCGGUGAUGGCUGCUGCCCUGUCCCGGCAUGGAAUUCGGAGCCCAGGGAUACUGCCGGUCAUACAGCCAGUUGUGGUGCAGCCCGUCCCCUUCAUGUACACCAGUCACCUCCAGCAGCCACUCAUGGUGUCCUUGUCCGAAGAGAUGGAAAAUUCAAAUAGUAGCAUGCAAGUACCUGUAAUUGAAUCAUAUGAGAAGCCUAUAUUACAGAAAAAAAUUAAAAUAGAACCUGGGAUCGAACCACAGAGGACAGAUUAUUAUCCUGAAGAAAUGUCACCCCCUUUAAUGAACUCAGUAUCCCCCCCGCAAGCAUUGUUGCAAGAGAAUCACCCUUCAGUCAUAGUACAGCCUGGGAAGAGACCGUUACCUGUGGAAUCUCCAGACACCCAAAGGAAGCGAAGGAUACACAGAUGUGAUUAUGAUGGAUGCAACAAAGUGUACACUAAAAGCUCUCACUUGAAAGCACACAGAAGAACACAUACAGGAGAAAAACCCUACAAAUGUACAUGGGAAGGAUGCACAUGGAAAUUUGCUCGGUCUGAUGAACUAACAAGACAUUUCCGAAAACAUACUGGAAUAAAACCUUUCCAGUGUCCAGACUGUGACCGCAGCUUCUCCCGUUCUGACCAUCUUGCCCUACAUAGGAAACGCCACAUGCUAGUUUGAAUAUCUCCAUCUCCGCCUCGGCACACGGCUCCCCACUCGCCCAGCUUUCUCUCUGUCCUCCCUCCCAUUGUCUAACUCAUUUUUUACAUGUACAUUUUAAUUUUGAUUCAGCUGGACUGAAUCUCUGAAUUUAUAUCAUUCAAACUUCCAUAUGGUCAGUAGUAAAUAUUCUCUAAUCCUCUCUCUCCUUACCACGGGUCAGACCUAAAGAAUGUGAACACUUUUUCCGGGGAUGCUAAGCAAACCCUUCUUACAGAUGAGUUUAAUGUAAUGAGAACAAGGGAUCAUGUAAACUAACAGAACCAAUUGUCAGUUUGUCCAUGUAUUCCUCAAAAGAAUGUCAAAGUAAAUGUAUUAGAAAUACAGUAUCCAGCCUGCUAGUCCUUGCCAGAGACAUUCAUACCUCUGAGCCCUGUGAUCGCAUUUUGUGCUGCACAGAGAAAAGACGGGUGGACCCCUUCACAGGUUAGCUAAAAGGGCAGCAAGAUUCAGGCUAGUACAGUCAGCUCUUACAUUGUCCUUUACCAAUCUUGCUUGUCCACAUGGAUUUAUCACUUCAUCUAAAUUAAGUCCGUUACCCUCCUUUGUGCCCACAGCUAAUAAGGAGGUCUUUGUCCCCACUGGAAGAUGAGCUAGAGCUGUUGACAUAGGUGAAUGAUGUCUGUCAGUUUAAGAGAUGGAUGCUGUAUUUGCAUUGUAUGGAAAUGGAGCAAAGGGGCAUUGAUUAAGAGGGCAAAGGAGGAAGCCAACUGGGGGUUUCCAGUGAGAUUUCAUCAUCUGAUUGGCUGAGCAGUACGUUCCUAGAGCUCUGGCCUCUAUGCAUAUUCAGCUGUGCAGAACCAUCCAGCAAAGCCAAAUACUGAUGGGGUUACCCAUGCACUGAUCUCCAUUCUUCAGUGUCCUUAAUAAUGAUCAUCAAGCAUUGAUAGUAGGGACACCACAACAAUAUUUGCCCAGUAAUGGUAAAGAAUCUUUUGGAUAAGGGUCUGAAGGGCCUCUACCCAACCUCCUGAGAGCUUUUUUGCAAACAGAGAAAUAUUGAGUAGUAAUUAUAUUCCCAUGUCAAAUUACUCAUAUAGCUUUCAUACAGAAACUGUAUGAGCUACAAGGUGCCAAAUUGGCUGUCAUUAGCAUUCAUGACACAUAUCAUAAAUAAGCAUCUGCUAAUGCUUUAGUAGACUCAUUAAGACCUGAGUGACACUAUUUGUAAAUAGUUGUGAAGCACACAGACCUUUAUUUGGGGGACAGAUUUCUGAGAAAUAUAGAAAAUCACUGUUCAGGGAUUCAUAUAUGUAGCUCAAAAAUUCCCAAAUGUUUACUGUUGGAGCUGGCAAUCUCCUUUCACUAUCAAGUAUCCUGUCAGAAGAACAAACUGAAAAUGACUCGUGUUUAUGUUGAAGAUAAAUAGCACCAUUAUUUGGGGGAAGUUUUUCAAAAGUAGGCUUUUGAGCACCAUAGUCUAAAUGCCAAUAAAAAUAAUUCAUGUAUAGAAAUGCCACUGGUCCUAAAUUUGAAGGAAGUGGCAACAGUGGUCAAAAGUGGGCACAUAUAACCAUCUGCCCCUUCCUAAAGGACGGAGAAGAGAGAAGAAUGGAAUCCUGAAGAUUCAUCCCAGCCACAGCUCAGGAUCCAACACAACCUUAACUGGGAGGAAUGCACUGUUCUUAAAGCAUCAGUGAACAAGUGAUUCUGGAGGCCUGUGAAUUGUGUGGGGAGCUUAGUUUGGCGCUAUGUUAAUAAAAAUUAGUUGUAAGGACUGCACACCUAAGAGAUCCCACUCAACAGCUCUCUGAACCAACUGAAAGGAAAUGUAGAGAAAUACAAAAUAACUUGUUAUCUGGCACUUGGUUUUUACUUUGUUUUUUUAAGCACUGCAAAAUUUAUUUAGAAUAUUAAAACAUCCUAAUUGGGCUUUUUCUUUUUUGUUGUUGUUUGUUUGCUUGCAACUAAGAUAUAAAUUGAGGGAUAAAAAUGGCUCUUGGAAAAGUAGGUAUUGCCUGUAUUGUAAAUACUUAGUCACAUUCAUGCAAAAGUGUUUAUUUCUUGAAAUGCAUCUUCCACAACACACCGAAGAAUUAAGUUUGAAUGCAAGGAACUUCUUUGUUUUGGUGGAGAAAACCAGUUCAGGCAUGUUCUAACUCACAAAAGGUAGAAAGGGUAGAGUUGAUCUUUAUAUAAUUAGCUUUGAAGUCUGAGUCCAAUUAAUAGAAAGCUUCAUGGGUUCUAAUGAAAUUUAGUUUGCUAUGGCAUAUCAAAAUUCUGUUCAAAAGUGCAAGCAAGACCCUGCAGAGACUCUAUUACAUUAUACUUAGCUUGCUUAGAUUAUGUUAACAGUUCAUUAACAAAUUCCAUUUUAACUUGGAAAGAAAACCCAGAGAAAGCCAUUCUCUGAUCCCAUGCUGGUCUAUAUACUUUAGUUACCAAUUGGCUCUUUGCAAAAUUUCCUCUUUUAUAUAUAUUUGUAUCUUACUAUGAUAGUUAAGAAAUUUAGUCUUAGUCAUUUUUAGCUGUUAUUGUGGGAGACCUCAAACAAAAUAAGAUGCCCUUAAGCAUGUGGUUUUAAUGAUGUGCCAUGUUACUACCAAUGGUGAUUUUAAUUGCAAUAUUCAAGUUGAUGAGAAUGAUUUGUAGACAUGGAGCUAGUGUUGUAUAAAUUGUUACAGAAUUUCUUCAAUUAUUAUCCAAGUGUCAGAAAAAUUAAAUCUGAAUCCAUCAUAUUUUAGAGUUUUAAAAUGUGAAUCUAUAUCAUAAAUGGGCAUUAACAUUCUGAAUCACCUUGUUUGGAGAAUGUUAGCAGCAUAGCUAUGUUCAACUAAGGAAAUGCUAAAUAUGCAGAAGUUUCAAGAACCUUGGAACAGAUUUACAGGGGAACUAUAUAUGUGUAUGUAUAUUUUAUUAAACACCCAUCUGCACUAUCAGUGUUGCACUAAAUGUGGAAUUUGAAAGACUAUAUUGCUGAUACUGUAUAUCUGCACAUCAUUCCUGGUUAGAUUGUUGUAAAGACAAUCUCAAAGAUCUAAAGUUUUAAAAUAAAUCAAUUGGUUUGAAAAUAUAGUCAUAUGGUCAUCACGAAGGAAUUGCUGUCAUACAUGAAGUUGCUCAGCGUGGUAGUCUCUUCUUGGUCAAGGUUAACAAUUUCUAAAUGACUGCAAAUUCACUUAAGAAAUAAUACAUUUACAAAGCCAUUUUCCAUGCAUUAAAUGAGGGCUACAAUAUUAUGUUUUACAAAUACUAGCACUUUUUUUUUUUUUUGCUGUUAUAUACUUAGUGUUAGAGGGUCAAAAUAAUCUUUCUGCUUAGCAUCUCUUAAACCAUACCUGCAAGUAUAGCAGGAUUAUUACAUUUACAGUACUUUAAUACUUGUAUAAACUAUGCAGAAAUUUUUAAUAAAGUGUAAUAUAUUUUAUAAGCUAAUAAGACUGAAUGGGUAAAGGUUUUUAGCAUGCAUUAGUAUACUUGCAAAUACUGAAACAUUUUGGUAAUCUUUCUUACUAAAGAUGUGAAUGUUAAUGUACCUUCUCUGUUUCUACUCUGUAGUCCAAUGGGAAUUCAGUAAUGACAUUUUGUCAUGUCAAACUGUGAACAUAAAUUUGUACUGUACAGUCCUCAUAUACUAUAUACAGUAUGCAAUAUAUGUAUUAUAUACUUGUUAAUAAAACCA